UACUCAAAGGGUGAACAUGGCUGUGGAAUGUUUCGCUGCACAAAGUGCAACUGGAGUAGAUCCAUAACAGCAAAUUCUUUCCUCAGCCAUGCUCACAUCCGCCCAGAUCAACUGGCAUGGAUAGCCUACGGCUUCGCCUGGGACUGGUCACAUCGCCAGCUAAGAAAUGAAGCGGUUGAGUUAGAGUUGCCGCCCGAACAACAAACUGAAUACAGCGAGAGCACAAUCUCCGCUUGGUAUCACUACUGUCGCGAAAUGAUCAUCGAUCAUUUCGAUUUACAUCUGCACAAUAUGAAGCUGGGAGGUCUCGGAAAAAUUAUGCAGAUUGAUGAAUCGAAAUUUGGGCGGCGAAAAUACAACCGUGGCCAUUGGGUUCUGGGUAUGAUGGAGGAUGGAAGCGAAAAGGUGGCGAUGAUGGUGGUCGAGUUCCGUGAUGCUCACACGUUAACAGCGCAAAUUAGGAAUUAUAUUUUACCCGGUACCACGAUCCACACGGAUAUGUGGCGUGGUUAUAAUUUAUAA